AAAAAAGCCAUCUCAAGCAAAGGCCUCUCUCUGACUUGUCUCAGCUCGCAGGGCUUCCAGAAUCAUGGACUAUAAAAUGCUUCAAGUGGCCCUGUGUUCAACAUUGCUCAUAGGAGCAUUGGGAGCGCCAUUUUUGUUGGAGGACCCAGCGAACCAGUUCCUACGUCUCAAGAGGCACAUAUAUUUGCAGGAUUACUGGGACCCAGAUCACAAUCCGAAUACAUGGGGAAACUCACUGGUUGAUCAGGCUUGGGAGACGUGGACAGCUCUGAAAACAACUGCACAGUAUUAUCUGAAUGUGAAUACCUUCACCUUUGACACAUCCACUGCCCAGUAAAUGUGCUUUGCUGGUUAAACCAGGAAACCAAAAUCGUGGGACUCAGCAUGGCAGUGUACCAAAACCGUGGGUUUUGGAGACCUCGGGCAAACCAUACCAUUUACUAGAUUAUUUAUUAUAUCUCUCUCAGAGCUCUUGAGAGGAGCAAAUAUGAAAAUCCAUGUAAAGUCCAGGAAUUAGAAGUUCUUAAUAAACGGUAGCUCUUAAAAUGAGAACUAAAAUAAAGACCGCAGUAAGAACAUUUACCAAAAUGGGGCUUUGAUGGGAACAGGAAGUCAAAAACAAAAAAGCAGUGUCAUUAAAUCUCUGUUAAUAGCU